AUGCAUACCACAGCAGCAGGUUUCCUCUCUAUAGACACAUACCUGCCACUGUUCGUACCACUUUCCGGCUACGAUUUGACCAACGAGCCAGUCCUGUCAAGUCAACUACCUGUAAGGUACGAAGGCAAGCCGCAGCACCAGAAGAAACCAAGCAUCAAAGUGGAAAUUCACCAGGACAAUCCGCCAUUGCCCACAAGCAGUCAGGCUUUUAGGGCGAAGCGAAGCCCGAGCGCUAGUCCAAGAUCACCCACUGCACGACCCGAGCUUCAGUACCAGUAUGCGACGCUACAAAACAAACUGGACCAGAUAAGUAGCACGUGUUCUCCAUACAUGGAUGUUGAGGCUGCGGAACCUCAAGAUCUCACGUUCGACAAGAUAGUAGAACACACUAAAGCUUUUGCUUUCGAUCUGCAAGUGUGGGCUCAUCUUGCGAAUCUCGAUGGUAUGGCUAAGGUAGAUUCGCGUAAGAGAGAAGUCGUGGACGCCGCAUCGCGAAGCCUAGACCGCCUGUUGUAUCUGGUAGCGGAAUUGGACGACGCUUGUAAAAAGGCCAAGCCAAGGGAUCUGAAGUUUAAGAAGCUUCCUGAGGUCGACGACGAGACGUUAUUCGAGGACGGAGAUGACGACAGCCUACAUGGCAUUGAGCUGCAAAUCCAGAAUCUGAAGAGAUUGAGUCGAACAUUGCAAGAGGCCACACCGGAUGCAAAAGAUGAGGUCGUGGCAGUCGCGAAGCUCGUAACGGAAACCGUGAAGUAUUUUGGCUCGGAAGAGGCACUACAUCGCUAUGGGAUCAAUGAGAAGAUCUCUGGGAGGAGAGGUUUGGAAGAAGCAAGGUACACGGAUUCGCAUUAG